AUGCCAUUGAACUUUUUCAUCAACUUUUCGCCUGUUUUUAUAUGGCUUUUGAUUUUUAAGAACGCCGGGCUUAUUCCUAAAGAGAUUCGCCCUCCUAUUCACGUUUCCUUGGCUCACCACGUUGAAAAUGUGCUUUUUGACGUGUGGGCUAACCCUGUCUCGUCGCUUGUUGGCUUGGCCGCCAUUACUGUCUCGGCUUGGCUUCUUUAUGUGAAAGUGUACCAGGAAUCGCCUUCGGAUGACCUGGACCGUUUGGAGAGACAGCUGCUGUCCCUGACACCGUCGUUGUUCUCGGAUGAAGACUUGGAGAUGGUUGACUACGAGACGCCUAAAGCGCAGUUUGGCGAAGCCUUUGUGCCUCCAGACUUCCAGGACCACCCUAAAAUCGGCUCUUUGCCGUAUCUUCCGAAAUUCACCCAGCACGAUGCCGUGGAAAACGCCACUGCUAUCAACCGGAAACUCAAACGCCACAUGGCCGAACGCGGUGCUCCGUCUCCGUUCAACUGCUGGCCUAUGGUGCCUCCAGCUCUUCUAGGUGCUUCCUGGCUCUUGCUUAACCUUGACGCUUCCCUCGCUUCUAACAUUACCGAAACUAAGGACACUAUCGCUUGGUUCAGUUACGUGAUCGGCCACUUCUGUGUGCCUCUCUUCACGGCCAUAUGGCUUUAUGUCUUCCACGCCCCUGGCGCUCUCAAAUGCUUCGGUUUCGCUUUGGGCGCUCAAAACAUUGCUGGUGUCCUUACUCACCUCGUCUUCCCUAACGCUCCUCCUUGGUUUAUCCACAAGUUCGGCGACGAUGCUCACGCCGACUACGACACCUUGGGCUACGCUGCCGGCUUGACCAGAGCCAAGUUCUCCACCGGUACUCACCUUGUUAACGACGGUUUCCACAAAUCUCCAAUCGUUUUCGGUGCUGUGCCUUCUUUACACUCAGCCAUGGCGGUCAUCUGCUUUUUCUUUGUGUGUUACUACUCAAGAUGGAUCUUCGCCAAAGCUCUUCUUUUUGCAUUUGUUUUUUGCCAAUGGUGGGCCACCAUCUACUUGGACCACCACUGGCGCAUUGACCUCUUUGUCGGUCUCCUCUAUGCCAUUGCAUCCUACACGGUGUUCUACAAAUGGUUGAUGCCUCGUGUGGACCUUGAAUUUGCCCAAGCCAGGCUACAUUACGACUUUAAUAGGGGCUCCACGAUGGGCAUGAGAGUAUUCCGGAACACAAAAUUCCAGAACUUCUUUGACCCGAUGGCAUAA